AUGACUCGGCCGCAGAGAGCGGGCCACAAACAGCCCCGUAGGCCUCCAGUGCAGAUACCACCUCCGCUACCUCCGCCACCUCCAACCCUGGCUGCCAUCUCGUUCACCUGCUCAGUCAGUAGCCUGAACACGUCGAAUACCGAAGUUGUGUGCAGCACCUGUUUUUCCCGUGGUCCAAAGACACUCAUUGCCUCGAUGCUCGGCUCGUCACGUCGGCCAGCGCGCAGGAAAAGAUAUGCUUGGAGCACGUCGGGAAUGACGACGCGUACAAUUGAUCAUCCUCGCUGUCCGAUCCAUUGGUCGAAACCGGGUUCUGACAAUAUCACCAUCCUUUCAAAUGAACGCUCUCCUGAGGGUAUCUUCACCGUGGGACCCCAGUACGCGCUGCCUCGCCCCGGCAUCAGUGCUAUCAAUUCGUCCUCGAGGUCGACAACAUACCCGUUCUCUUCCUAG